UUCAGCACAACGACUUCUAUACCACACAACACUUGCUCGUAAAUCACGUAAAAGACAUCUUCACGUUUGUGUAAUCGCGAUCAACAUUAACGAAACAGAUCGUCAAGUUUCCCCACGAUGGAUUAUCAGAAUCGCGCAGGCUCCAAAUUUGGAGGCGGUGGUGUCGCAUCACAGUCUGCGACGAAUGCCGACCGACGAGAGCGUCUCCGAAAGCUCGCGCUCGAGACCAUCGACCUUGACAAGGACCCGUACUUCUUCAAAAACCACGUCGGCAGCUUCGAGUGCCGUCUCUGUUUGACAGUCCACCAGAACGAUGGAUCCUAUCUCGCGCAUACACAAGGAAGGAAGCACCAGACAAACUUGGCACGCCGUGCGGCGAAGGAGCAGAGAGAAGGCAAGAGAGACGACGUGGGCCAGCAAGGACUCCUCGCGGGUGUGCUGCCUAAGAAGAACGUUAUCAAGAUCGGACGGCCCGGAUACCGCAUCACAAAAGUACGCGAUCCGAAUACACGCCAGAACGGCUUGCUGUUCCAGUUCCAGUUCCCGGACCUCACCCCCGGCAUCACUCCCAAGGUCCGUGUCAUGAGCGCAUACGAGCAGAAGGUGGAAGAGCCCGACCCAAACUACCAGUACCUCAUUGUUGCUGGUGAGCCUUACGAGACAGUCGCGGUGAAGCUACAAUCUCGCGACAUCGACAGACGGGAGGGCAAGUUCUGGUUCUGGUUCGACGAAGACGCCAAGGAAUUCUGGUGCCAGAUUCUCUUCAAGACUGAGCGUGACGAACGCUUCAGCGCAGUCCCAGGUCUCGCGCCCGGACGUUAGUGUCAUUCUCAAAGGCGAGGCGUUCAAGACUUUCACUACCUCGGGGAUUCUACUUUUACGGCGUUUUGGCAGCGUUUAUCCGACGGCAUCAUGCCCAUGUUUGAGGGAAAUUUAGGUCGGUGUAGGUAGUCCCGGGACAGAAUUUUGGAUAAUGCAAAUCUAACAUGAACCACGAAGUACUUGCUGCC